AUGAGAAUCACUGCUGCCAUCCUUGUUGCUGCUGUUUCAUUAGCCUCGUCAGUACUUGCUCAAGACGGUACGCCAAACAUCCCUGCUGGCGGCUCAGCUGGUGCCUCCUACUCUUGCGACCCAAAUGCUUGUAAACUACCUGAUUGUUUGUGUGCUUCCACCUCGCCCCCAAAUGGUCUUAAACCCGAGGAUGUUCCUCAAUUUGUCACCAUCACUUUUGAUGACUCUAUUCAAGCCAAGCUUGUCGAGACAGCCCAUGAAUUGUUGAAUGUCAAGAAUCCCAAUGGAUGUUCCGCAAAGGGCUCGUGGUAUGUCUCUAUGGAGUAUACCGAUUUCUCGCUUGUUCAGCAGUGGUAUGCCAAUGGUCAUGAAGUUGCAGACCACACUUUCUCUCACGUUGGCUCACCAUCGUCUCAAGAAAUUGCUGCAGCUCGUGCCAUGUUGCAUGAUUAUGCCGGUAUUCCCCUUGGAAAGAUCCAAGGUUUCCGUGCCCCAUUUUUGAAUUACACCGCCGAAACGUUAAACAACAUUGCCCAACAAGGUUUCCUCUAUGAUUCCUCUGCCACCGCUACUGUGGAUGACUGCUACUGGCCCUACACACUUGACAAUGGCAUGGCUAAUGAUUGCUGGACCGGUAUUUGUUCUGCCAAUGUCAAGCUUCCAGGUGUGUGGGAAGUUCCCAUGUACGCUGUUAUGGAUAAUGCUAGCCAAGCACAAUUGAUGGACGUGUACCUUGCUGGAUCCGUGUCCGAUGUCAAGCAAUGGACCAGCACUAACUUUGACCGCCAUUAUAAUGGUAACCGCCAACCCUUCGGCAUUUACGUCCAUCCUACCCAUCUUACCACUUUCCCUGGUCUUGAUGAUCCCUCUGCUAUUAAGCAAGGUGUCGUUGAAGUCAUCAAGGAGAUCACUUCUAAGCCUGAUGUGUGGGUUGUUACCAAUGCUCAACUUUUGCAAUGGAUGAAGAAUCCAGUGCCCAAGAACCAACUUGCCGAUCAAGCUUACAUGAAGUGCGAGUUGCCUAAUACAGGCAAAGAGAUUUGCAAUGGUCUUGAAAACAUUACUGUUUCGGAUGCUGGUGUUGUAUCGUCGCCUUUGCUCAACAUGUGUAAUUUCAACACCACCAACUGGGGCACGUGCUUCAAUUGCCCUGGCAGUGCUCCUACACUUGAAAGUCCCACACCUAACGCCACCAUCCAAACCAAUGACCCCAAGUACCGCCACCCUGUGCCUGACAACUGUGACAGCAUUUGGUGGGAUCCUGUGGCGGGUGAAUGCUUGUGCACUCAACAAAGAUGCGCCUACAAAGAUACCGCUGUCCCUGUUGACACCAACAGCAAGAACCCUGAUGGCAGCGACUCUAACAAGGAUGGAUCAAAGAAGGAUGGCGAGAGUGCUGCUAUGACUUUGUCACCUGCUACGUUCACAGCUGCUCUCAUUUUCGUGGGUAGCAUUGCCACUGGCUUGUUUUAA